GCGAGACUUGAGGAACUCGACCCGUUGACGGUUGAGGACUUCCAAUGGUUACCUCUUCCCUCCACCAGUUCUUUGCCAACACCGCAUACCUGCACCCUGCAGUACCACCUCCGUCGACGGACGGCAGAGUAGUGGUUGUUGAUCUUUGUAACUAUCUAGAGAAGAUCGAACGCGAGUACGCAACACAACAGUACGUCGACAUCGACGCGCCGCUCUACAUCCGCAUUCAGAUCGGAAAGGCGACCUGCAGUGCCUUGAUCGAUUGUGGAGCGACUCGCAACUACAUCAACCAAGACUUCAUGGCACGCGCCGGGCUGGGGCCGCGCAAAAGUCAGCCUACGCACGUCACAUUGGCCGAUGGUCACACGCAAAAGUUAGUCGACCAAUGUGUUGACUCGGUGCCCGUGUACUUUGCCCCGUUAGCAUGCAAGGCCGUGUCUUUCAACAUAUUGGACACCAAGUUCAAUGUGAUCUUAGGCAUGUCGUGGCUGCAAAGCGUAGACCAUCCGGUGAACUUCUAUCGACGCACCAUUCACGUUCGUGAUCGGCGUGGCGAACUAGUCUCGUGUACGGUGCCGCUUCCUCAUCCUUCGAUGGCUUGUCACGUGGUAUCCGCGGCGAGCAUUCGUCAAUCCAUCCGGCGGAACGACAUCAAGGAGAUGGGCAUAUGUUUUCUUCACGCCCUCCCACCCGGUGAUCAGCCCAAGACGGAAACGUCGGACCCACGCAUCAUUGAGUUGUUGGACAGCUAUGAGAAUGUCUUCCAAGCUCCCGCCGGAGUAGUACCGGAUCGGCCCAUACGCCAUGGGAACACUCUCGAGGACGGCGUCGUACCUCCGCACGAAUGUAUCUACCACAUGGGCGAAGAGGAGCUUCAAGUGCAUCGGGCACAACUAGACAACCUCUUGGCCAAGGGCUGGAUUCGCCCUAGCUGUUCGCCAUACGGUGCUCCCGUUCUCUUCGUCCGGAAGAAGAACAAGGACCUUCGUUUGUGCAUCGACUAUUGGAAACUUAAGACGCAAACGAUCAAGAACACCGGCCCUCUCCCUCGGAUCGAUUAUCUUCUCGAGCGACUAGGCGGCGCCAAGUACUUAUCGAAGCCUGACCUCAAAUCCGGAUAUCACCAGAUCGAGAUCCAGCCAAGAGAUUGGUACAAAAACGCAUUCAAGACACGUCGGGCGCUGGACGAGCACCUCGAGCACCUUCACGCCCUUUUGGAGCGGCUCUGUAUCGCCAAGUACAAGGCCAACCGCGAUAAGUGCGAGUUUGCCCAGCAAGCGCAGUCCUUAGGCCAUUACAUUAUGCCACAAGGCAUUCGUCCGCUCGCGGACAAGGUACAAACCAUUCAAGAUUGGCCGGACCUCAAGUGUACUACCGACGUCCGCUCCUUUCUCCGUUUAGCAUCAUAUGACAUGCGCUUCGUCAAAGGUUUUCAACGGAUCGCUGCACCAUUGUCGCGACUUUAGUCCCCCUUGGUGCCCUUCGAGUUCAACGACGAUGCCCGACACGCAUUCCAUACGCUGAAGACGGCUUUGCUCCAAGAU